CUAAAUCUUCUAACAAUGCUCGCGAUUCUCCUAAAUCCUGCUCUGUGUUUUUGUAUGGAUUUUUCAUAGCACAGACAGACACUACCCACAGUGUGAUUCAGAGUCUGUUUCUAGCCACGCUCUUGCGUGAUUUUAGCUUGAUUUCACGGGAGGAGCAGAGAAUGAAACACCGUAGCUCAUGGUUGUCAGCAGUGAAAAAUAGCCAGGAAUCAGACAAACAGCUUCAUUGCUGAGAUUAUUUCCGGGAUGAAAACUCGUCCAACAGCUGUUUGCUUUGGCCACUACUCAGUUCCCUUUUUUUCUUUUUUUUUAAAACCAGAAAAAAAAGAGGUUUGUUUUUUUUUUAAGAUGUGGGCUGGUUAUUUAUGUAGUCAGGAAGAGGUCUCUGCUUCCAGUGUUGUGGUCUCUGAGCUGUUUUGACAGUUGGAGUACGGGGAGGUUUCCUCUCUUCUCUCUCUCCUUUUCUCCCAUCCUUCAUUCACGUAAUGCACAGACCUGGAAUGCUGUAGGAAGAAGAGAAAGCGAAUUUAUGAGUUCUUUAAUCCCAGACAGGCAGCUCUGUGGCAGUUACCUUCAAGAAAAGUUCACGCCCCAAAGGAGCGUUUAGUCUUACAGAGCCACUGACUCACUGAGCAGUGUGUGUGAGUGGCUGCGAGGGAGAAGGGGAGACAUGAAGGAAAAAUUCUGCUGCCUUGUGAAACUCAUAACAUUAUUGUUUUAAGACUUUUCGAAAAGAUGACUGCUACUUUUGUUUAAAGCAUUUGUUCUGAAAUUGCUGAAGCUGGAGUCUACCAGACUGAGGUCAGGAGCAUUUUCUUUGGCAGAAAGAAGAUACUUUUAUAGAAGCCAUGCCUGUGCUUGGGGUUGCCUCCAAGCUGAGACAGCCAGCCGUAGGGUCAAAGCCUGUCCACACUGCCCUCCCGAUACCCAACCUUGGCCCCGCCGGCUCACAGAAGUACUCACCAAAGUCCUUGGAGCUUACUGGGGCAGAGAGCUCGAUGCUUUCUUGUCAGCUCACCUUAAAGUCAACCUGUGAUUUUGGAGAGAGGAAAAUGCUUCAAGGAAAAACCCAGGAGAUCGAAGAUAGCAAGAUUUACACUGACUGGGCUAACCACUACCUAGCAAAAUCUGGCCACAAGCGGUUGAUCAAGGAUUUGCAACAGGACAUUGCAGAUGGAGUUCUGCUAGCAGAAAUCAUCCAGAUCAUUGCAAAUGAAAAGGUUGAAGAUAUCAAUGGCUGUCCACGGAGCCAGUCUCAAAUGAUUGAGAAUGUUGAUGUCUGCCUUAGCUUUCUGGCAGCCAGAGGCGUAAACGUCCAAGGUCUUUCUGCAGAAGAAAUAAGGAAUGGAAAUUUGAAAGCCAUUUUAGGACUGUUUUUCAGUUUGUCUCGGUACAAACAGCAGCAACAUCAUCAGCAACAAUACUACCAGUCUUUGGUGGAACUACAACAGCAAGUCCCUUCAACUCCAGCUGAAAUCAGCCAGUCCAAAACACACCAAGAUAUGCAGUCAAGUCUCACAGCCAGAUAUGCAACUCAGUCUAAUCACAGUGGAAUUGCAACCAGUCAAAAAAAGGCUUCUAGGCUUCCAGGACCCUCAAGGGUGCCAGCUGCAGGCAGCAGUACCAAAGUCCAGGGAGCCUCCAAUUUAAAUAGGAGAAGUCAGAGCUUUAACAGCAUUGACAAAAACAAGCCUCCACAAUAUGCAAAUGGAAAUGAAAAAGCAGAUUCACCAAAAGGCCCUCACCCCUCUGCAGGCAUGAAUGGAAAUGUGCAGCAUCCCACCAGCACCGGGCAGCAGCAGGUCUCUGCCAUACCCUCUCCAAGUGCCAGCAAGCCUUGGCGCAGCAAAUCCAUGAAUGUCAAACACAGCGCGACCUCUACCAUGCUGUCUGUGAAGCAGCCCAGUCCCGCAACCUCCCCUACUCCAACUUCAGACAGGCUCAAGCCACCCCCUUCUGAAGGUGUGAAGCCCCCUUCAUCUGGACAAAAAUCUAUGCUGGAAAAAUUUAAGCUGGUUAAUGCUAGGACAGCUCUGAGGCCUCCUUUGUCACUGAGCUCGGGACCCAGUGACAGCGGGAGAGAGGAUGACAACUUUUCAGAGUGUGGUGAAAUGGAUGUCUUAAGUGGUGGGGUGAACAGUGGCGGCUCCACAAGUAGCAGUCCCAAAGUAUCACCGAAGUUAACCCCUCCGAAAGCUGGCAGCAAAAAUCUCAGCAAUAAAAAGUCUUUGCUACAGCCAAAGGACAAAGAGGAAAAGAACAGGGACAAAAACAAAGUUUGCACUGAGAAAGCAGUCAAGGAAGAGAAGGAUCAGGUCAUUGAGUCAUCUACAAAGAAGAGCUCAAAAAUUGCAAGCUUAAUCCCAAAGGGAAGCAAGACAACAGCAGCCAAGAAAGAGAGUUUAAUAUCAUCUUCUAGUGGGAUCCCAAAACCUGGAUCCAAGGUGCCAACAGCAAAGCAGAGCACUUCCUCCACAUGCACAGGGAGUAAGGAGGUUGAAAAACUGAGGACUACAAAAGGAAACCAGUCCCAGUCAACACCAAAAUCUCAGCUUAGUGAGAAGGCUUCUCCUUCCUCUGGUCUUGCUUCUUCUGAAGGGAAGGAACCAAGUGCUGCUCUCACCCCAGGAUCCUCCGUUGGUCUGUCAGCCUCGAUGGCUGCAGGCAGUGGCCAAGGCACAGGAAAUGGUGCAGUCCAGCUUCCUCAGCAACAGCAAUACAGCCACCCCAACACUGCCACGGUAGCUCCUUUCAUUUAUAGAACUCUCUCAGAAAAUGACAGUACCUCUUUACCACCUACUGAUUCCUGUACCAGUCCUACUAAAAUGGAUUUGUCGUUUAGUAAGACUGCCAAACAGUGCCUAGAGGAGAUAUCUGGGGAAGACCCUGAAACAAGAAGAAUGAGAACCGUCAAGAACAUUGCAGACCUGAGGCAGAAUUUGGAAGAAACCAUGUCCAGCCUUAGAGGGACCCAGAUAAGCCACAGCACACUGGAGACAACUUUUGACAGCACUGUGACAACUGAGGUGAAUGGCAGAAGCAUACCAAGCUUAUCCAGCCGAUCGACCCCUAUGACUUGGAGGCUGGGGCAGGCCAGUCCUCGCCUGCAGGCAGGAGAUGCUCCAUCCUUGGGUGCUGGUUAUCCUCGCAGCAGUGCAAGUCGCUUCAUACACACAGACCCUUCUCGAUUCAUGUACACCACCCCGCUUCGCCGAGCAGCUGUCUCUCGCCUUGGAAAUAUCUCACAGAUUGACAUGAGUGAGAAGGGAAGUGGUGAUUUGGACAUAUCCUCUGAAGCUGAUGUUGGUGGCUACAUGAGUGAUGGAGACAUUCUUGGGAAAAGCCUGAGGACUGAUGACAUCAACAGUGGGUACAUGACAGAUGGAGGACUCAACCUAUAUACAAGAAGUCUGAACCGAAUACCAGACCUUGCUGCCUCUCGAGACGUCAUCCAGAGAGGGGUUCAUGAUGUAACUGUGGAUGCUGACAGCUGGGAUGACAGCAGCUCAGUUAGCAGUGGCCUCAGUGACACUCUUGACAACCUCAGCACAGAUGAUUUGAAUACCACCUCAUCUGUCAGCUCUUAUUCCAACAUAACAGCCUCUUCAAGAAAGAACACUCAUGCCCAGUUGAAGACAGACUCAGAGAAGCGCUCAGUUACGGACCGUGAAACUUGGGGCAGCACUGAAGAGCUGAAGAAACCAGAGGAAGACUUUGACAGCAGCGUAGACAGCAGUGGCAAGUGGAAAGGCCUUCCCACAGGGCUGUCUGAAGAGUCAGAGAAGGGGGGGCAGAAAACAUCUCUCUCUGUAUCACAGACCGGAUCUUGGAGGAGAGGCAUGACUGCACAAGUAGGAGCAGCUCAGUCCAGGCACAAAGCAGGAACAAGUGCACUCAAGACCCCAGGAAAAACUGAUGAUGCAAAAGCUUCAGAAAAAGUGAAAACUCCCCUGAAAGGAGCCUCCAUACAGCGAUCUCCAUCAGAUGCAGGAAAAAGCAGCGGUGAUGAAGGGAAAAAGCCUCCCUCUGGCAUUGGGAGAUCAACUGCUACUGGGUCAUUUGGAUUCAAGAAGUCUGGGUUGGGAUCUUCUACCAUAAUCACCACAAGUGGAGCGACCAUCACAAGCGGGUCAGCAACGCUAGGAAAAAUGCCCAAAUCUUCAGCCAUCAGUGGGAAGUCCAACGCAGGGAGGAAGACGAGCUUAGAUGGUUCCCAAAAUCAAGAUGACGGCGUCCUGCAUGUGAGCUCAAAGACAACUCUGCAGUAUCGAAGUCUGCCUCGGCCAUCGAAGUCCAGCGGCAGCGGGAUCCCUGGCAGGGGCGGCCACCGCUCCAGCACCAGCAGCAUCGACUCCAACGUGAGCAGCAAGUCUGCAGGGGCUGCAGCCACCAAACUGCGAGAGCCAAGCAAGAUCGGCUCCGGGAGGUCCAGCCCUGUCACCAUCAACCAGACUGACAAGGAAAAAGAGAAGGUGGCAGUGUCAGACUCGGAAAGCGUCUCACUGUCCAGUUCCCCUAAAUCCAGCCCAACUUCGGCAAGCGCCUCUGGCACACCGGGACUUAGACAGCCAGGAUCCAAAUAUCCAGAUAUUGCUUCCCCCACGUUUCGAAGGUUGUUUGGUGCCAAGGCAAGUGGUAAAGCUGCCUCUGCACCCAGUACAGAAGGUGUGAAACCCACAUCGGCAAUGCCCAGCCCUAGUACCACAUUGGCACGGCAAGGCAGCCUGGAAUCGCCAUCCUCGGGCACAGGCAGCAUGGGCAGUGCAGGUGGGCAAAGUGGUAGCAGCAGCCCCCUCUUCAGUAAACCUUCGGACUUAAAUGCAGAUGUUGUAAGCUUAAGUCACUCCCUGGCUUCCAGUCCUGCCUCAGUGCACUCUUUCACAUCAGGUGGUCUUGUGUGGGCUGCAAACCUGAGCAGCUCUUCAGCGGGCAGUAAGGACACACCAAGUUACCAGUCCAUGACUAGCCUUCACACCAGUUCCGAGUCUAUUGACCUUCCUCUUAGCCAUCAUGGCUCUCUCUCUGGACUGACAACAAGCACUCAGGAGGUUCAGAGCCUGCUCAUGAGGACUGGAAGCGUCAGAUCUACUCUUUCGGAAAGCAUGCAGCUUGACAGAAAUACACUACCCAAAAAGGGAUUAAGAUACACACCAUCAUCCCGGCAGACAAGUCAGGAGGAAGGCAAGGAAUGGCUACGCUCCCAUUCAACUGGAGGCCUGCAAGACACUGGCAGUCAGUCCCCGCUUGUUUCUCCUUCAGCUAUGUCUUCAUCUGCAACUGGAAAAUAUCACUUUUCCAACCUGGUGAGUCCAACCAACCUGUCACAGUUUAACCUUCCUGGACCCAGCAUGAUGCGUUCAAACAGCAUCCCUGCUCAAGACACUUCUUUUGAUCUCUAUGAUGACUCCCAGCUGUGUGGCAGUGCUACGUCCUUAGAAGAGAGACCUCGCGCAAUCAGUCAUUCAGGUUCAUUCAGGGACAGCAUGGAAGAAGUACAUGGGUCCUCAUUAUCACUUGUCUCCAGCACAUCUUCUCUCUACUCUACGGCAGAAGAAAAGGCACAUUCAGAGCAAAUUCAGAAGCUACGGAGGGAGUUGGUUGCAUCUCAAGAGAAAGUUGCUACCCUUACUUCUCAACUUUCAGCAAAUGCUCAUCUAGUAGCAGCUUUUGAAAAAAGCUUGGGAAAUAUGACAGGUCGAUUGCAAAGUCUGACAAUGACAGCUGAACAAAAGGAAUCUGAGCUUAUAGAGCUAAGGGAAACCAUUGAAAUGCUGAAAGCCCAGAAUUCUGCUGCACAAGCUGCUAUUCAAGGAGCCUUGAACGGCCCUGAUCAUACCCACAAAGAUUUACGUAUAAGGCGGCAACAUUCUUCAGAAAGUGUUUCCAGUAUUAAUAGUGCUACAAGUCAUUCAAGUAUUGGCAGUGGUAAUGAUGCUGAUUCCAAAAAAAAGAAAAAGAAAAACUGGCUAAGAAGCUCUUUCAAACAGGCUUUUGGAAAGAAAAAGUCCACCAAACCUCCUUCCUCACAUUCAGACAUAGAAGAGUUGACAGAUUCGUCUCUUCCUUCCUCACCGAAAUUGCCCCACAGCUCAGGAGAGUGUGCGGCAACAUCGAUGAAACCGUCGCAGUCAGCAUCCGCGAUCUGUGAGUGUACGGAGGCAGAGGCUGAAAUUAUUCUUCAGCUAAAGAGCGAGCUGAGGGAGAAGGAGCUCAAAUUAACAGAUAUUCGUCUGGAAGCCCUCAGCUCUGCACACCACCUGGAUCAGAUCCGGGAAGCCAUGAACCGCAUGCAGAAUGAAAUUGAGAUACUGAAAGCUGAGAAUGAUCGCUUAAAGGCAGAGACUGGAAAUACUGGAAAGCCUGCCCGGCCAUCAUCAGAGUCGUCAAGCAGCACAUCAUCUUCCUCAUCACGGCAGUCACUAGGACUUUCUCUGAACAAUUUAAACAUCACAGAAUCUGUUACAUCAGAUAUUUUGUUGGAUGAUGUCACUGAUGGAGCACUCCACAAAGAAGGCCAUAGUGUCAAAAUUUUAGUCACUAUAAACAAAGGCUAUAGUCGAGCCAAGGAUCAAAAGCCACAUGCAUACCUGAUAGGAUCAAUUGGAGUCAGUGGAAAAACAAAAUGGGAUGUUUUAGAUGGUGUAAUCAGACGUCUCUUUAAGGAGUAUAUUUUUCGAGUGGAUCCAACUACUAGCCUGGGUUUAAGCUCUGACUGCAUUGCUAGCUAUUGUAUAGGGGAUGUAACUAGAGCCCAUAGCCUAGAAGUGCCUGAACUGCUGCCUUGUGGAUAUCUGGUUGGAGACAAUAACGUCAUCACUGUGAACCUGAAAGGAGUAGAAGAAAACAGUUUGGACAGUUUUGUGUUUGACACGUUGAUUCCUAAGCCAAUUACCCAACGGUACUUUAAUUUACUGAUGGAGCAUCGCAGAAUUAUUCUGUCGGGACCCAGCGGCACGGGAAAGACCUAUUUAGCUAACAGGCUGGCUGAAUAUAUUAUAACUAAAUCUGGCAGAAAAAAAACUGAGGAUGCAAUUGCAACUUUUAACAUAGAUCACAAGUCAAGUAAGGAUCUACGACAAUAUCUGGCAAACUUAGCUGAGCAAUGCAGUGCUGACAACAAUGGUGCUGACCUCCCUGUCGUCAUAAUUCUUGAUAACCUCCACCACAUCAGUUCACUAAGUGACAUCUUCAAUGGUUUCCUCAACUGUAAAUAUAAUAAAUGUCCCUAUAUUAUUGGAACCAUGAACCAGGGAGUUUCUUCUUCACCAAAUCUGGAGAUGCAUCACAAUUUCAGGUGGGUGCUGUGUGCUAAUCACACAGAGCCUGUUAAAGGUUUCUUAGGCAGAUAUCUGAGAAGGAAACUGAUUGAAACUGAAAUAGAAAAGAACAUACGCAAUAAUGAGCUUAUGAAAAUCAUUGACUGGAUCCCCAAAACAUGGCAUCAUCUCAACAGCUUCCUAGAAACGCACAGCUCUUCAGAUGUAACCAUUGGUCCCCGUCUCUUUCUCCCCUGCCCUAUGGAUGUUGAUGGCUCCAGAGUGUGGUUCACAGAUCUUUGGAACUAUUCGCUGGUUCCAUAUCUUCUGGAAGCUGUGAGGGAAGGACUCCAGAUGUAUGGUAAGAGGGCACCCUGGGAGGAUCCCUCCAAGUGGGUAGCUGAUACCUACCCAUGGAGCUCUGCAACUCUACAGCAUGAGUGGCCAUCACUACUUCAGCUAAGGCCCGAAGAUGUUGGUUAUGAAGGUUAUGCAUCAGCAAAGGAAGGAACAACCUCUAAGCACGUUCCACAGACUGAUACAGAAGGGGAUCCCUUGAUGAAUAUGCUAAUGAGGCUUCAAGAGGCAGCCAACUAUUCGAGCGCACAGAGCUGUGACAGUGAUAGCACCAGCCACCAUGACGACAUUUUGGAUUCAUCCCUUGAAUCAACUCUCUGAAAGGGACAAAUCUUGCUGUAGGAUGAUGGUAAAAUCUGUUUCCACUAGACCACUGCCAGUAUUAAAGCAGCACACCGAGGUCUCUGAGUAAGAAUGGUGUGUCGUAGGGAGGCAGGAGACCUAACUCUGCAAAGUCAGGAAGAAAAAUUGAAGUGGAAAGCUUGAAUUAGUUUAAUUUCAAGGCGUUUCAAUACCUAUGGAGCCGUGUGAGACUCCAUUUGUCAACUGGAAAGUGCCCUAGACCAAGGGCAUCUGAGCAGAUUGCACACGUGUUAGCCAAACUGGAAUAUUUUUUUCCCCUUAUCCUCUUUCUCUCUCUUUGUCUCUCUGUGUUUCCCUGUACAAGUUUACAGUGAAACUUCUUCGGGUUUUUUUUUUUCCCUUUAGUUUACCCUGAGAUUCUGCAUGAACAAUGCAGUCUUCUAAUUAUCUUUUAACCUCUGUUGUGCCACAUGGUGCUGGUCACAGGACGGCAGUGGUGUUUGUGUUAUACACUACUGCCCAUUCCAGAACGAGUAAAAGAUGAUAGUAACUCAGAAAGCACAAACAGUAUUGUGCAAUCACCAGAAAACAUGACUGUGAUAUGCUGGAUAAGUGCCAAUUUAAUUCUAACUGCCAUGGUCACGGUGAUGCGCUCCAUCAAGUUUUUAGUACACAAGCCACAGAUUUUAUAAAGUUAUUUUUACCACAAGGGUCUUUUUUAACCGCCUGCCCACUCCUUAACAACAGUUUUCUACCAAUUAUUAACCAACACUGAUUAAAGGCUUUUUAGGGCUUCAUUUGUUUGAGCCUUUUCAGUGAAAGAAGGAACAUUUCUUAUGGUGCUGUCUCACUGCCUUAAAACAGAUUUCUAGAACAGUUUUACAGUUGGUUUAAUUCCUAAACCAUUGGUAAUUUACACUGUUUUUUUCUUCAUUUACUAAUGAGAAAACAUCAGUUAACAUAGUAGCCUCAUAUCUGUAUAUCAUGAUUUUUUAAAGUAAUGGAUACGAGAAAGAACAGUUGCUAUAUAAUAUUUUUAUCUUGUGAAUAGAUUUCUCUGCCUACCCUCAGAAGUACACAAGGACCCUAAACCCACUUUCACUGCCACCUAAAUGCUGACAAAAUCGGCUCAAAUCCAUUUGGUCCCAUAGAAUGGAAUUUUUGGGAGGAUAGAUGUUUUGAAUACUUAUCCAGCAGAGCUGGAUGCACUUGAUGCAGCAUGAGCACAAAUAUAUGGGUUUGGUUUUUUUUUCCUUUCUCUAGUUUCAGCAUGUUGUUUUGAUUGUUAUAGUUGUACAUGAAGAAUUCAGCAUAAAAGAACACUGAAGCAGUGAUGUCCACUGUGGAAGAGGAAGAGUUUAUACUGUAAAAGUGGGUUGGUUUUGCACAGUCUACUGGGUGGGUAUUGUAAAUAUAAAGAAAAAGAAAAAAAAAUAAAAAAAAAAAGCCUUGCACAAAUCAAAUCAAAAACAAACAAACAAACAAAAAAAAUUGUAUUUUAUUCUGUUGGUGUUAAGAGAUGUUUCACUUGCUGAGAUUUCCUGUAUGUUGCAAACAAAUACAGAAUGCAAAACCUAAAAGCUGUUAUUACCUGGUGUGUUUGUCCUGUACUUACAAUUGUUACAACUAUGCAGGAGCUAUCAAUGCUACAGUUAGCACAUCUCAAUAUCUGUAUGAAACCAAUACAUUUUGGGGGGAAAAGUCUGAAAAUGUUUAAGGUUCAUAUGUCACAGCAGGCUACAACCAGACUGCAUCUGGAUUGCUCACAGUAACCAGAAACACUCUUUUACCACGAGAGCCGUGAGGUUAAAAUAGGCGUGCAUGAACCUGUGAAGGUACCUAAGGGCUCUGGCAUUGUGUAGUCAUGUACUGUACACCUCCAUGGAUGUUACCUUCGGGAUGUGUAUCUGGUGCUAUUCACUCCUGGUGGCCACCCCGUGGCCACCUGCUGUAACCUAAAGAAAUCAAUGCAGUUUCCAAAUGGCACUGAGCUGCAUCGCUGAACCUAGAGGUUCCUACACGGUGCUAUUGCCCUGAAUAAAACUUUGAAUUUAUGCACGUAGGAUUCAGUCUGACCAACAUUGUGCCCCCCAAAUCUGGAUCCAUUUCUGAUGCAAAAUGUCAGUUCAUACACCUUGACUGACUCAAAGAACUAAAGCAAAGCUGCUCUUUCUUGUACCUUGUGCUCUGAGCAAACCUGCAAAUCUUUUCCUGCCAUACUUAGCUCACAAACACACAAUAUUACGUACACAAAACUUCCUGCAAUACAUCUCAGUGAGUCCACCUAGUUUACAACUCAGAAAUUGUUUGUGAAACAUUUGUCUGUACACAUUUUAUAUUUUGUACAUUUUUGAUGUAACAUAUCUUGUAAAUAGACAGAAACAGUGAAAUAAAUCAUCUGAAAAUUUUUGUAGUCUUUGUAAAACCCUAAUAAUAAGUAUUUGGUGUCAUCGGACUUAACUGGAUGAUGUAUUUUCUAUUGGUUUAUUGUUCCUCUAGCUUGUAAACCAGCUUGCGUAUAUUUUUUUUUGCAGGUGUGCACACUGUAUCUGUCUAAAUUAUUACUUUGCCAUUAAAGUGGAAUUAUUUAUUGAAAA